CUCGUUCACGCGAUCAGUGCUUCAAAAUCAAGAUGGCUGCCCACAGUGCUGUGCUCUCGAUGUCCAAAAUUAUUAAUCCUUUCUGGGGUGGACGCCUUGGAAAUACGGUUAAAGUAUUUGGAACAACUCUGACAAGUCACAGGAAUACGAGCUCGCGUUAUGGAGACAACAUUCCCCCUCCUGCAAAGUAUGGAGGCAGACACACUGUGACCUUCAUACCUGGAGAUGGAAUCGGCCCAGAGCUGAUGAAUCAUGUCAGAGAGGUUUUCAGGUUCAGCUGUGUCCCUGUGGACUUUGAGGUGGUGAAUGUCAACUCUGCUUUGGAGACUGAGGAUGAUAUCAACAAUGCCAUCACUGCCAUUCGCCGUAAUGGAGUUGCCCUCAAAGGUAACAUAGAAACCAUACAUACCAUGCCGCCAUCUGUCAAAUCCAGAAAUAAUCUCCUACGCACAAGCUUAGACCUGUAUGCCAAUGUCAUGCACUGCCAGUCCCUCCCCGGAGUCCAGACUCGCCACAAGAACAUUGACAUCAUGAUCAUCAGGGAGAACACGGAGGGCGAGUACAGCAGUCUGGAGCACGAGAGUGUAUCAGGGGUGGUGGAGUGUCUUAAGAUCAUCACCAGGAACAAUUCCCUCAGGAUCGCCGAAUAUGCCUUCCGACUGGCCCGGGACAAAGGUCGUAGCAGGGUCACCGCCGUACACAAGGCUAACAUCAUGAAGCUUGGUGAUGGCUUGUUCCUGCAGUGUUGCAGAGAAGUGGCCUCUGGUUACCCAGACAUCACAUUCGACAGCAUGAUUGUUGACAACACCACCAUGCAGCUGGUGUCCGACCCUCAGCAGUUUGAUGUGAUGGUGAUGCCCAAUCUGUACGGGAACGUGGUGAGCAACGUGUGUGCAGGCCUGGUGGGAGGGCCUGGCCUCGUGCCCGGAGCCAACCUGGGCCGUGACUAUGCCGUCUUUGAAACGGCUACAAGGAACACAGGGAAGAGUAUUGCAGGAAAGAACAUUGCUAACCCCACCGCCAUGCUGCUAGCCGGCUGCAUGAUGCUGGACUACCUUAAGCUUUAUGACUACGCAACAAUGAUCCGAAAUGCAAUCCUCACCACCAUGAAUGAAACCAGGUUGCACACGGCUGAUAUUGGGGGUCAGGGCACCACGUCAGAGGUGGUCCAGUCCAUCAUGAGGAACAUCCAGAGUAAAGGCUCGCUCACAGCUGAGCGUUAAACACACACACACACACACACACACACUCCUUAGAGGUGUGAGUUUGUUACAGGUUAACCAUGCAUGUCUGUUUCCAUAGCAUCGGGUCUUAUCGCUGACAUUAGAACAUUUUCUUUUGUAUUUGUUCUCACGGCUUACUUACCUUUAAGACACAGUUUGUAUGUUUCACAUAUAAUAAUGACCUUCACGAGACAGAUUUAAAAACUGUUUACUUUUCAUAAAAUAUCAGUAUCACAACUAUUAGAUGAUGAAUCCUGCUGUAAGGAUAUUUCCUGAGUUCAUCAGGUUCAUUCGGAGGGAAAUCUGUGUUCUUAAAAAUUGUUAUGAAAUAUGAAAAUACCUCUUUUGCUGUAUGUCAAUGGCCUGACAUGUUGGGGUCAGACAUUUAAAAUAACCUCGUAUGCAUUGUGCACUCUGCUUUCUUCAAAAUGGAUCAUUAUUUAUUUUAAAAAUGACAACUAUGAUACAGCCUUUUCAGUCAACCAAAAUGUGCUAUGUUCAUGUAACGCCUUACCUUUUCUUUGUACUGCGGUAACUUAAACGUCAAGUUGCCUAUAAUGUACUUUUGUAUGUGUUCACAUCAGAUCAACUGCACUAUAAACAUGGUGACGUAGAUAUUUCAUAUAUACUGUAUCGGAUGAGGUGUACAUCAAGUAAAGCAAGUUUCAAUAAUAUCUCAAAAAUAUGCUGUUGUCUUUAAGUCUUCAAAGGCAAAAGCUCUUAAAGCCUGAUGUGAAAAACUGGUUACAUUAUAAUGUAUCUGUGGGUGAGUAUGUAUGUAUGUAUGUAUGUAUGUGUGUGUGUAUGUAUAGAUAAAAUAUAUAUAUAUAAACACAUACUGUAUAACAUGAUUGUUAUCAAUAAAGAAAUAAUCUAC